CCUUAACCACAAAUCAGUGAAUGUUGGUAUUGUGCGGCACGCUGUUUUUUGUGCACUAUUUUCAAUGGCGUGGAGAAGCUUUGUGAUAUGUAUAGGAAUGCUAUUGCUUGCCAUUACUCGUUGCCACUGCGUGGCUCUUUCAAAAGUGCCCUCACCAAACCCUUCCGUAAUUUGGAAGUUCAACUCGAGAGGCAAUUCACCCCAAGCUAAACCAAAAGAGGCGCAUAGUCCCCGGGGAAGACUGAUGAAUGGACGGCAUCCGCGCGAAAAUGCAAUAGUGGAAGAAGCUCUUGUUGAUGCAGAUAUGGGAAGGGAUGAGGCGGAGGCCUACUUCAGAGCGCAGGGAAAUGGGAAUGCAAACCCCAGCAGUGUGGAGGUUCAGAAACUGAUGCAAACGGAGCCUAAUGUUGAAUGCACAGGUGACUCGAUGAAGCUGAAUGUUAAAGGUUCGUUUUCUACCCCUGGAGCUCUAUUCGUGGUAGACAGAGGAAGCAGUCUGGCUCCUCUUCCCCUAUCAGAGCUGCCGUCAAGCUGUGGAUAUACCUUGAAAACGACACAAAGAGAUUUGGUCUUGGUUGCACCUUAUGAUGGAUGUUUCGUCUCUCUUGAGGAAGAGGGCUAUGUUCUUUCACUACAUUGGGGGGGUAUACCCGUGAGAAUGUCUUGCCCUGUCAGGAGACAGUCUCUGUAUAAUCCUCCCAGGGUAACCUGCAACACUGCAGGAAUGGUUGUGAACACGGACUGGGCUUCUCCAGUCCAAAAAAUCCAAGUUAAUUUGAAUGGUCUGUGGAAACCCCUGAUGGAGGUCUUGCCAAGAUGUGGCUUUGGAUUUGAAUUUGCUUCUAAUGCUGGAGGUGCAGCUAUUUCUAUUCGCUAUGCCCCCUGUUUGGGAGUGAAGGAUGGGAUGUUCACUCUAGGCCUGGCUGGGGACGGUGCAGUUAAAGUUUCGUGUCCAAGCGUACACAUUUUUGAUGACCCAAGCAAAGGAGACGUUAACCAACCGUUCCCAAGAAGAAUGCACUGAUCAGUUAUGUUGUGAAAAAAAAUAAAAGAUUAUUUCUUUCAUUUCAAACUUCCUGAGUUAACGUGGUCGUCU